ACAUGAAUGUCUUCAUAAAUACUAUUGUAUAGUACUGGUCCAAGGAUCCAAGUUGCGAGAGAGAGAUAGUGAGUGCGGAGCCCCCAAUCUUGUGAAAUUUCUAGAAAAAGAAACAAUACCCUUUCCAGAGAGGAAAUAAAAACACUGUUCUAUUACCAAACGAAAAAAAAGAAAGAUGAAGAUUUGGUGUGACGUGUGUGAUAAAGAAGAAGCUUCAGUGUUUUGUUGUGCAGAUGAAGCAGCUCUUUGUAAUGGUUGCGAUCGUCAUGUUCAUUUCGCCAAUAAGCUCGCCGGCAAGCAUCUCCGUUUCUCUCUCACUUCUCCUACUCCCAAAGAUGCUCCUCUCUGCGAUAUUUGUGGGGAGCGGCGUGCAUUAUUGUUUUGCCAAGAAGACAGAGCAAUACUAUGCAGAGAGUGUGACAUUCCAAUACAUCAAGCCAAUGAGCAUACUAAGAAACACAAUAGGUUCCUUCUUACCGGCAUCAAGCUCUCAGCCUCCCCAUCCGCAUACCCGAGAGCCUCCAACUCUGGUGCGACAUUGGGCCAGGCCAAGACUCGACCCAAAUCAGUAUCAGGGGAGGUCCCGAGCUCGGCCUCCAGUGAGGUCUUUGCGAGCUCUCCUUCCACGACUACAAGCAAUUACUAUUAUGGGCUAGAGGAAACCUAUCAGCAAGCUAGCGAUUCGGGCUCUGGAUCGGGUUCAGGCAGUAUAUCAGAGUAUUUGAUGGAAACGUUACCGGGCUGGAGAGUGGAAGAUUUGCUUGAAGAUCCUUCUUGUGUCUCCUAUGAGGACAACAACAAUAUUUUUACUAAGAUCAAUAACAAUGGGGUUUACGAUGGUUCUUCUUCACAAUAUCAGCAUCAAGGCUUUUGGGAACAAAAGCCCUUCUCCUGAACCUUUUUCUUUUGUUGGUUGGAGUCUUGUCUUUUUCUUUGGUUGUUGGGGGUAAUUACGUAUCCAAACCAACUUGUUGUUUCUGUUAAUCAUUUUUUUUUAACUUUUUCUACCUUUGUUUUUAAUAAGAAAGAACUGGUUUCUAUUUUACAACAAGAAUUUUGUUUUAGAUUUGACAAUUUUGACUAGCGUCAAACUCCGUUGUGUGAAAAAAUGCAUAUGAUACGAGUAAGUGGUUGCUGGGCCUUAAUUAGGCAAAAUAUAGUAAACUUUUUUCUGAAAAAAAUGUACAAGUCGGAUCAAUGUUAGGUCCUUAAGCCCAAUUUAUAAGAAAACGUAAAUCAACAAUUGGUGGUGAUCUUGCCGCCUUUAUGUAGCUCGGAACCCGUUUCCGAUUUUUUUUUUGGUUGUGCAUGUGUUUGAUGGUGUUAUUUUGUUGGAGUAAUACAUAUAUUAAGUUCAGGUUUAGCUGAAUUUGCUUUUAUAAUCAUUUGUAAUGUAUAUUGAUACUGAAUUUUGAAUUGAUAAAAGCUGUUUUCUUUCCUUGCAAAACUAAAUUUAACAAUAUAAUGGCUGUUUAGAUUAGAAUCUGUCAGUGAUAAAAAAAAGGUUGGCAUCUGUCUAAUUUUUGAUGUACAACAUUUGAUUGGUAAAAUUAAAAAAUAGACACAAGACUCGAGCAUGAUUCACAUUUUUUUUCCUAUUGUGAUAUGUUCAAUUUUCUUCAUCUCAUCAUUCUUCUUGAUUGACAUAAAACCAUCAAACAAAAAUAGCACGCAAUACAUUAGAUAGCUUCUAUGAUCUUCUUUCUUAUAUUCAUCUAGGCCGCAUUACACCUACUGUAUUCCAAGGCCUCUCUUUCAAAUGCAUUUACUCUAUUUUGUACGUAUAAUUUGAUGAGGGACAAUUCAAAGAUAGUCAGUCCCAAUUCCUAUCUAUAGUGACUAAACCAACCGAGAUAUAAUUCAACUGUACAUCCACUAAAGAUGAUUCUCAAGUACCUCUCUUGAUCAUAAACACAUAACUUUCUUACUUUUCUAAAUGCAAAGAAAUUUGACAAAAUACAGGAAAAUAAGAAGGAAGUUGAGAGACUAUCGAUGACAAGAAGACACAAGUUCUCAAACUCGCCACUAGACCUUUCAGAAAAGAGUAUCCAAAGAGAGCUGAUGGACGUGGACGCAGAGGAGUUGCAACCGAUUGACUAGUUAUCAAUUAUUAGCUCGGAUUGUUAUAUCAUCUCAACUCUAGUUCUUUGUUUCAUAUAUGCAUUUAUCGUUUUUUUCUUCAAAAAUACAAUCACAUCACUAAUCUA